AUGGGAGGCCUCGGCCCUCGACUGGGAGGAGAGAGUGACCCUCCUUCAACACCUUCAGCAGGGAAGCGGGCGCGCCUCCCUGGGCGGCGGUGGCCAAUCAGUCUGGAUCUCGCCGGGGGCUCCAGCGGUCGAGGCCCUCGAAUAGAAGCGGGGAGUAGGACGCGGGAUAACUCUUCCAGACCCUCGACCGCCAUCCAUUCAUCCACCCAUCCAUCCAUCCCAUCCCAUCCCAUCUUUCGCUCUGCUGCUGCUGCUGCUGUUGCUGCUGCUGCUAAUUUUGGCUGGAGCUUUGACACCUGGAGCUAG